AUGCGCGAUGCUGUUAAGUACAAGUUUCAAGACAAGCCGUUACGAUUUCAGAACCCCUACGAGGUUUGCUAUGUGAAGGGUUAUAAAUCUCAGCCGCACGGUGCUAGUGGCCAAGGAACCCCCAGGAAGGAUCAGAGCUCGGAGGACUUGGACGCGGGGCUGGGGGGCAGAGGUUACUUGGUGAAAGCAGACCCGCCGUUUGCAAGCCGAGUAAAACGCCAGACGUCGGACCCACGCCAAAAAGGGGUGUUCUUAGAGAGUGGGGAUGGUCUCACCCACGCGGCGCGAAAGCCGGCUUCGCUCGCGGAUGUUCUGCUUGACCCACGGGGGUUGCUGCCACUGUUCCCCAUCCGUGAAAAUGGGGAGAACAAAGCUUUCUUCCAGCCUUUUGUCUGCUCGGUCUCUUUUAGCUUGCAGCUUUUAGCCGUAAUUUCCCUGCUCUCAAAGCCCUGGGAGAGCUCUGCUUCUUCCUGUGCCCCAGAUACAGGCAUCAAACGCUUUGAUCCUUAUCCUCAUUUCUCCCCCUACCCUGAGGAACAGCCUGGGGUAGCCUCACCGUGGGAUACAAGCCCACGCCCCGGCGCUGCUUCCCUGUCCUGUGUCUUGGGGGCAUUUUGUGUAUCUCAAACACGGAGCAGCGAGGUCGCGGCACCCGGGUCUCCGUGCGCCCCGGUGCGAGUCCCGGCAGGGCAGGGGCUGGGCCGCAUCCAGGGACGCCACGUCCUGACCCCCUGCUCAGCCGGGCAUGGCCUCAGCUGUCCCCGCUCGGCAGCUGGGCUCUCCGUCCCAGAGAGGCAUUGCAAGAUCAGACCGUGGAGCUGGGAGAGUUUAUUUGCCCCGAUUUGUUUGCAGUGGGGCUCAGCUAACCCUGAACCCGCCCUGUUUGGGGACUUGGGAUGGGGGGAGUUGGAGAAGAAGAGUUACCCCUCUUCUUCGCCCUCUCACUGCCAUCCUGUUCUCCUGCGGGGUUUGCGGGCUGCGUCUUCCAUGUGUGCCGGCUCGGAUAUUGGGAGCCCCUACCUCGCUCUUGGGUUGUGUGCCUGCAAGCUUUGGGUGGCAGCCCCCUUUCCCGCCCCGGUACAGCUGCCGUGGGCACUAAGGGGAAUUUUGUCCUCCGUUUCAGGCAAGUCCUGGAAGGCUCUGAGCCUCUCGCAGAAGCGACCCUACGUGGAGGAGGCCGAGCGGCUGCGGGUGAAGCACAUGCAAGAUUAUCCCAACUACAAAUACCGGCCCCGGCGGAAGAAGCAGGUCAAGCGGAUCUGCAAGCGGGUGGACCCCGGGUUUUUGCUGGGCAGCCUGACGCGGGACCAGAACGUGGUGCCGGAGAAGCAGCCCUGCGGCCGGGCCAGUGGGGAGAAAGAGGGGCCGGGUGAGUACCCGCCUCGCCGGGGGCCGGGCAGCGGCAGCAGCACCAGCGUGGACACCUACCCCUACGGGCUGCCCACCCCCCCGGAGAUGUCUCCGCUGGACGCCAUAGACCGCGAGCAGAGCUUCUUCUCCUCACCCUGCCCUGACGAGCAUCACCGUUCCCACCUUGCUGGAGCCACCUACUCCCCGGAGUACGCGGGCGGCUCCCUUCCGUGCAACCACCACCCUCUCAGCCCCAUGCCGCAGCCCACCACCUGCAUGAUCCCCCCAACCUCCAGCUGCCCUCCCCUUCCUCCUCCUCCUCCUCCCAGCUACUACACGCCUGCCUUCCCCUCCCUGCACCCCCCCAGCCUCCAUGCCCACCUGGGCCAGCUCUCCCCGCCGCCUGACCACCAUGGCUUUGACACCUUGGACCAGCUGAGCCAAGCCGAGCUCCUGGGGGAGAUGGACCGCAAUGAGUUCGACCAGUAUCUCAACAACCCCAGCCACGGCGACCACCACGGCGGGGUCUUGGUCAAUGGACACGCCCCGGCGGCUGGUGGCUCCCACGCCUCUGAGACCAGCCUCCUCUCUGUCCUUGCCGAUGCCACGGCCACCUACUACAAUAACUACAGCGUCUCCUAGACCCCCGGCCAGAGCCGCCUGGACCGGCCGAGGAAAGACCCGACACAGUAUUACGAGGCAUUGCUCCCCGGGGACAUCGCUCGCCGCCCCUCAGGGUGACCGAGUCCGAACCGUGAGGGUAGUGGAGUCUCCUCAGUGGCGUAGGUAAAGGAUUUCAGUCGUUGGCUCACCACCGGUGCAAAGCCUCGGGUGCCCUGCCCCAAACGGGGCCGGGGUGGAUUUCCCAAUGCCAAAGCCCUUUGGCCAAGUCCCUCUUCCAAAGCAGAGAUGCCCCUGGGAGCGCGGGAAGGCUGCCCUCCAUUUCGGGGCGCCCCCAGCUCUGCUUUGGAGUCGGGAGGAAGGCAGCAUCCUGCAAACGGCAGGGCUGAAGUCCUGGCAGGGCCAAAACCCCCUGGAAGGGGAAAAGGCAGGGAUGGGGGGAAAUGGGAAGAUUUUGGUAAAGGGGCGCACGGUCUACAAGCCGCUCUCGGCUCCUGGUAUCGGCGUUGCUGCAGCCGUCCUGACCUGCCUCACCGCACUGGCGGGGGUUAAACCUGCCUUGUCCCCCUGC